CAAAGCAACAAAGGAAAAAAAGUUGUAGACUAAUCUUAAGAUUAGACAAAUUUUGAUUAGGUCUCAUUCUCUCUCCAACUCCAAGAAGGUGAAAGUGAUAGAGAAAUGGAUGCACCAAGGCCCCAAAAGGCCUCAACUCUUGAGAACCACUUGCUUUGAAUCCUCACCUCUAUCUUUCUGUCUCCUAUACCAAAUAAGCCAAGCAUAUUUAAUACUAGCCAUUUCUCCCAUGUUACUUUGUUCAUCUCAUUCUAGAUAUGCAUGUGUUACUGUCCUCUCUGGGAUCUCAAUAAGGUUGUCUGUGGAGUGUGGAGUCAUGAAGCGUGUAUCCAUAGCUUCUUGCAACUAUUUUAUCUCAUGACUAAUUACUGAUUUCCAUAGCGUUACUACAAUUUCCCCUCUAAAAAUGAAGCUUGGUGGUGAUGGCAGCCAAAAGGGCACCAACCUCUCAAUCUAUGUUACUGUUUUCGUCUCAAUAUUUCUCUUUGGGUGCUUCUUCAUCAAUGAUAAGGUUGAGUGGAUGCCUUAUUUUCCAUUAUCAAGGCCUAACCCUCAAGAAAUCCAAUACCAAAGACCAGCAACAAAUGCCACAGUUAUAGAAAGCAACAAGAAUAGCAUAUCCACUAUGGCAAAGAUAGAUGGAGAGGACAAUGAAGAAAUUGAGUUGCCACCAGAAAAUUGUGAUAUCUUUGUAGGAGAAUGGGUUUUUGAUGAAGUAAGCCACCCUUUGUACAGAGAAAAUGAGUGUGAGUUUCUAUCAGAACAGGUGACUUGUUUGAAGAAUGGAAGACAAGAUUCUUUGUACCAGCAUUGGAGAUGGCAGCCUAGAGACUGUUCUUUGCCCAAGUUUAAAGCAAAACUGUUGCUUGAGAAACUAAGGGGAAAGAGGCUUAUGUUUGUAGGCGACUCCUUGAAUAGGAACCAAUGGGAAUCCAUGGUUUGCCUGGUUCAGUCUAUCAUUCCUCCUACCAAAAAGAGCAUGAGCUACUCUGGUUACCUCUCUGUCUUCAGAAUUGAGGAAUACAAUGCUACGGUGGAAUUUUAUUGGGCACCGUUUCUUGUUGAAUCCAAUUCAGACAGUCCUAGAACGCACAGCAUAUCAGAACGCAUAAUAAUGCCUGAAUCAAUUUCAAAGCAUGGAGUUCAUUGGAAAGGUGUAGACUACCUUAUAUUCAAUACAUAUAUAUGGUGGAUGAAAUCAUCCAAAAUGAAAGUCUUACGAGGAUCAUUUGAUGAGGCAACCAUUGAGUAUGAUGAAAUCCAACGGCAUAUAGCGUAUGAGAGAGUUUUGAGGACAUGGGCAAAGUGGGUGGAGAAAAAUGUGGAUCCUAAGUCUACCUCUGUCUUCUUCCGAAGCAUGUCUCCUACUCAUAUCAAGAGCCUAGACUGGAACAAUCCAAAUGGGAUCAAAUGUGCUAAUGAGACAACUCCAUACUUGAACAUGUCGACCCCAUUGUAUGUGGGCACGGACCACCAGCUCUUCUUGGUUGCAUCAAAUGUGACCCAAUCCAUGAAAGUUCCAGUUUACCUCCUCAACAUAACCAUCCUCUCCGAGUACCGGAAAGAUGCACACACCUCAAUUUACACCACACGCGGAGGCCAGUUACUCACACCGGAGCAGAUGUCUGACCCGGCUAAAUAUGCAGAUUGUAUCCACUGGUGCCUACCAGGGUUGCCUGAUACAUGGAAUGAGUUCCUUUACACACAUAUACUUUCUCACCCAUAAUUAAUGGAUUCAUCAGCUAGUUUUGUAACCAAAUUUUCUCACCAAAAUUAUGAGAAAUGAAAAAGGAAUGGGACCUAAA